AUGAAUGGGAAUGCUGCCGUGGAAUGGGUGAACACCAACGUUGUCCCUUACGCGAAAGAUGUUAAUAUUGGAUGGAUCGCGGUAGGCAACGAGUUGGUGUCAGCAGACCCCGCUGCUGCGCUCAUCACCCAAGCCAUGGGCAACAUACUAAAUGCCCUUAACGCGGCGCAACUUACUGGCAUUCAUGUAUCGACAGCUAUUAGUGGCAGGGUACUCGGGGUUACUUACCCGCCCUCUGCAGGGGACUUCAACAAUGAAUCCAAGGAAAUUAUGAUCGCGAUAAUUAAAUGGCUUCAAACUAUUAAUAGCCCUCUUUUCAUCAAUGUGUACCCUUAUUUUGCCUUCGCUUCUAGCCCUACGGAUAUACCAUUAAAUUAUGCUCUUUUCAAUGCAACAAACCCUGUUAUCGAUGGGCCGUACACUUACACUAGCUUAUUCGAUGCUAUGGUUGAUUCAUUCUACGCCGCCUUAGAUAAAAAUGGAGGAGAAAAUUUGGCAGUCGUCGUGUCUGAGACUGGGUGGCCUACUGCAGGAUUUGAGCCUUAUACAAGUAUACAAAAUGCACAAACUUAUAAUCAAAAACUGAUUGAUAAAGUGAAAGCAACCGGAACACCAAGAAGGCCUUCGGCGUUGUUAGAUUGCUUUAUAUUUGCUAUGUUUAACGAGGAUCAAAAGGGGGAAGGGGUUGAACAGAAUUGGGGACUUCAUUAUCCAAACGCGAGCCCUGUUUAUCCAUUGACAUUCUGA